UCAACUUUUCUUAGCUAAACAGUCAACAUUAAAUCAAAGCCUUUUACAAAUCUGUUGUUCGACAGCAAAAUAUCCUAAAUCAUGUUCUUUCGACUAAUCACCUUUAACCUGUUUCCACCGGAUCAAGUGUUAAUUAAACCAAUUGGAUAAUCUUUGUAAAUUAAGAAACGGAAAAAAAGUUUUUUCUUUAUUAUUUCAGUGUUUCUUGGAAAACCUUGUGAUUUAUGAUAAAAUCAGCAAUAAAAGUUGAAAAGUUUCCACCUGAGUGAAACUUUUGUUUCAUCAAUUCUUCAUCUGUGGUAAGUCAAUCAUUAAAGCUUAGCAAAAAAGUGCUGCUCAACAGCUCUUCAUCUUAUUUACAUUAAACCAUCAACUUCACUUUUGCAUUAUUUACUUGACAUUGAAGAUAAACAUUUUCAUUGACAAUCUGAGUCAACUUUUUGUAAAGCAAGAAAAAAGUCAAUAUGAAAGCCUUUAAAAAUCUAAAAGUAUGAACAAAAAAUGCCUCGAAAAUGUACAAAAACAUUUCAACAUUUAAGUGUUUUUUUGCUUCUUUGAUUAAACAAAUGGAUUAAAGUGACACAUCAACGGAUCAAUUUGUGAAUAGUGAAUGUGAUCAAAACAACAUGACAUGAACUUGAUGAAACUUUUCAACAUUUGACUUUUGUUACUUUAAUUUGUUAUUGUUUACCAAUAAUGAAUGAAUUUUGUGAUAAAUUGUUGAUAUUCAAGGUGAAAAAACCUUUAGUUGAGUUGAUUAUUACACAUUUUGUCAUCUUUUUUAUCUUCAAUAUUCUUCCAAUCGCCAUGGAAACAUCAUCGUCUUCAUCUGUACAAAUAACUUCACCGGCAACUGAGCAACCAAAUUAUUUAAAUUCAUCAUCACCAUCAGUUUCAAUUCGUCCAACACAUUCACUUGCACCUAAACCAGUGAAAAAAACGUCAAUCAAAGUAACUCGAGAUCUUUGCCCUUUGAUGGAUUCAAAUGGUACUUCCUCAGGGUGUAGUUGUUAUCAGUUUACCGAUGGACUUUACGUAGAGUGUCCCUCAACCAAUUUAGAGUCGAUACGAACAACCUUGCAGCUUCUCUCAAGUCCCAUUAAAUCAUUGACAGUUUGUAUUCUUGUGGCAUUAGCCCAGUUGCCCCCUCAUCUAUUCAUCAACAGUACCAUUGAAUCGAUUCACAUAUCAUUUACCAGUCUAACCAAUCUGUCUGAUAAGGUGUUUAACGGCCUGUCAGGUUGCCUUCGUUCACUCUCCCUAGUCAACUCCAAGUUAACUCUCUUACCUCAAUCUGCACUCUCAGGUUUACGCAGUCUUACAACCUUAGACUUGGAAGCCAAUGAGAUCAGUGAAAUUGAAAGCUACACCACUUAUGGUCUUCCCUUGGAGACACUCAACCUUCACGGUAACCAAAUCUCGUCUCUUCUCGAGUACUCCUUUGGAGGUCUUGAGGCGACCCUUGAGAAGCUACUUCUUUCAGCCAACAGACUCGAUGGUUUCCCAUUGACUGCUCUUCGCCGACUCCGUAAACUACGAGAACUCAAGCUGUCUGGUAAUCGCAUAACCGAUAUACCAGACGAUGGGUUCACUCGGUUAACUGCCCUGGUUAACCUCGAUCUUUCAUCCAAUUUACUGACAACUUUGAGUGAGAAAAGUUUCAUAACAAUGCCCAAACUGGUCACACUUUCACUGUAUAAUAAUAGGUUAACCUUUCUCGAAGAGCGAACAUUUUUCACCCUUCUUGACCUGGAAUCUAUUGACCUUUCCCACAAUUCUCUUCGAAAUCUUCCCUCAGAACUUUUUAACGGCCUAACCAAGUUAAAGACCAUUGACUUGUCUCACAAUCAUUUACAUUCAAUUGAAUUUGGAACUUUCCACAAUCUCUACUCUCUCCGUGAACUUUACCUUAACCGGAACAACCUUCUCCACUUGAUUAACGACACUUUUUGGAACUCGACCAACCUUUCCGUUCUUUGGUUAACCCACAAUGCUCUCCAAGACAUUGAAUUUGGUACACUUUAUACUCUUCGAUAUUUGCAUCAACUUCACCUUUCCUUCAAUUCACUUCGCUCCAUUCAUCCAAGCCUAUUUAAGUACAACCAUGAACUUCGUUCACUUUCACUGGACAACAAUUUAAUAGCCAACAUUCAACCCGGAACCUUUCAAGAGCUAGUUGAACUGCGUGACCUUCGCCUACAGCGAAACCUAUUGAAAAAAGUUCGCAAAGGUGUCUUUUAUUCAUUUCCAAAUCUACAAGAACUUCACCUUCAAAACAAUCGAAUUGAAGUAAUUGAAAACGAAGCUCUUGCCUCACUGGCAAACCUUGAAUUGCUCAACAUACAGGGUAACAAGUUGAUUGAAAUGUCUGAUUCUCUAUCAAAGUUUCCGUCCUCAUUGAAAUACCUUCAGCUUAACAAUAAUUCCAUUUUUACGAUUCAUAACGAUUCGUUGACGGGUCAAUCAAGUUUACAAAUUUUAUGGCUCAACUGGAACAAGAUUCAAAAGUUGAGUAAACAAAUUUUCUCUUCAUGCAAUUCCUUGGAAAAACUUUACCUGGAAAACAAUGAAAUAUCAACCAUUGAAGUGGACACUUUUGCCUCACUCACCCAACUAGUCUACCUUAACCUACAGAACAACAAUCUAAACCAUUUAUCUUCAGGUGUCUUUCAAGGUGCAACCUCACUCCAUGAACUUUUACUCUCAGGUAACCACCUAAUGGAAAUUGAACCCAACAGUUUAACACCUUUAACUGUAGCCCUUACAACCCUUGAUCUCUCCCACAAUCAACUUUACGUAAUUAGAUCUCACUUUUUCACCAACCUGACAAACCUUGAAACUCUUUUACUUUCCAAUGUGAUGUUGGAAGAAAUUGAUUCAACAACCUUUACUUCGCUAACAAAAUUGACUCACCUUGAUUUGAGUGAAAACAAUUUGUCUUCUGAUAAACUGGAAACUCUUUUACUCCCAGACAAUCUCAAUCACCUCAACCUGUCGACCAAUAAUGCAUCCUCUUUAACUCAACCAACUUCCCUGUUUAACCUACAAUCACUGCAAACACUUGACCUUUCCUUUACUCGAUACCAGUCAAAAGAGGGUCACAUUGUGCCCAUUCAAUUGGCCAGUUCACUUGAAGCUCUUUAUUUUCAAGGCAAUGGAUUGACAAGACUUGAUGAAAACUCUUUCGGUCCAUCAACAACAAUCUACUCAAAACUUUCCACUCUAGCACUUGAUAACAAUCUUCUUGAAACACUUGCUCCACCCGAAUUGGGAAUCCAGUUUCCUUCCCUGACAACAUUUUCUGCUUCAUGUAAUCGCUUUCGUCAUUUAGGUGCCAACGUUUUCCGCCACUAUCAACACCUCAGCAACCUCAACCUGGCCAACAAUAGUCUAUCCAUUCUCGACCCAGGAUCAUUGACCAACCUAACACACCUCAAGUCUCUCGACUUGUCCAACAAUGUGAUGCGUUACUUGGCUGAAUCAGUGUUUACCAAUCUAACUUCACUCGAGAAUCUCAACUUAUCAGGAAAUUGGUUCCAAUACAUCCCCAACAAUUUGAUACGUUCCAACCUGGACUCACUGAAAACACUGAAUCUCAAUGAUAAUCCAAUGCUGCGAAUUCGUGAAGAUUUAAGUGUUUCAGGAGCCUUUCCAUCACUGACAUCUUUGACCAUCAACUCGGGCAAUUUAUCGAUAAUUGCUUCACACGAUUUUUUCGGUUUCCCCUCAUUGACAUUCCUUUCCUUGGUAAACAAUCAUGUAAGCAAAAUAUCGCCCGGUUCCUUUCGACCUUUAUCCUCACUGGUCAACCUAAACUUGGCCUACAAUGAGUUGGAAAUUUUACCAGAAGAAAGAUUGUCUGGACUUGUGCACCUUGAAUCGCUCAAUUGUACCCACAAUCACCUAGUCGAGAUGCCAUACUUUGGCCCAUCAACCUCAUCAACCCUCAAGUUGAUUGACCUUUCACACAACCGAUUAACCCGUCUCGAUACACUUGGACAUUUAGGUCAUUCCCUUAAAACUCUACUUCUUUCGAGCAACAGCAUCUCUUGGAUUGCCAACAAUGCUUUCCAAAACUUAACCUCUUUGGUUACACUCGAUUUAAGGUUCAACUUUAUUACUCACCUAUCAGUGGUUCCACUGGAAACCAUUGAGAUAACAAUUGAUUCACUCUACUUAACAGGUAACCCAAUGCACUGUGAUUGCCGUUUAUUGUCCCUCUGGGAAUGGCUACAAAGUCAUUCUCGUUUACUGGGUUCAGUUGAUUCUGAUAAAGAGUUGACCUGUGCUGGGCCUGAUAAGCUGUUUGGUUCAAUGGUCUUGAGUCUACAUCCAGUUGACUUCUGCCCAAUCCCAACCAUCUCACUCUUAGAGGCUUACAAGCUUGAAUCGUCAACCAUAACGGUUCACUGGGAAGUUGCCAAUGAAAGCCUUGUUUCAGGUUUCAACCUUGAUUACCAUUUAACCUCCGAACGGACUCCAAUGCCGUUGAGUAAAGAGUUGUCGCCUUUACAACGAUUCCUGACUCUUGAGCAUCUUCAAAGUGAAACUUGGUACACAAUUUGUUUACAUGCCAAUGAAAAGUAUCUCAAACCUGCCAAUAAGCCAAGAGCUUAUGUUGUUGUACAACAACGAAAUUUUGUUGAAUACUCGACAAGCAACAGAAAAUGUAUCCAGGUUCGUACAUUAUCUGCCAAUGAAAAAACUCGCCUUUCUUUAUCAACAGUUGGCAUAAUUGUUGGUGUUUCCAUUUGUGCUGUUUUCAUUAUUAUACUUGUUAUCCUGUUAACGUCAAUUAACUUGAAACGGAAACGUCGACGUCCAGCUAAAGAUGAAGUCCCUGAAGAGUACAUAACGUAUAGACAUUUUUCCCUGCCAACAUCGGAAAAUGUUUACUCUUGAUUGAUAAAGUGAAUGCAACUCACAUAAUAUUGAUCAAUCAUUAAAUGCUGAACCAUUGAUCAACCUGAUAUGGGCAAGGAAUGGUCAAGACAGUCUUCACUGUUUUCAUCGUCGAUAAAAGUGCUCAAAUGUUUGCAAAUUUUUCAACCCAAUUUCGCAUCGAAAUUCCAGGUUCAAGAGUUUUUAUCAUGAGAAUGUGCAUUUUACAACAAAACUUUUGCGCCUUCAACUUGUAAAUAUCAAGCAAUUUCAUUGCAAUGUAAAUAUUUAAUGAAAGCGAACAUGAAAAAAGUAUUGAAAAUUGUACAAAAAAAUGAAUUUUUUACAAAUAAAGACUUUGG